AUGCUUACUGUUUUCGCAUUUUUUCACAGCGAAGAGGUGGACCCUGACAUUGAGACCAGCAUAAAUGUAGUUGUGGGAAUAGAUCUCUCUUCUCAAGUUCCUCCAAGCCACGCACCGCUGCUUUUCACUGAAGCCAUAUCGAUAGCGAAAUCAGCGGCUGUUAACAGUGAAUAUGCGAUCGCAAUUCAGGCAGUUGUGGAAAUUCUUCAAGAAUACGACAGUGAUGAAGUUUUCCCGGCAUUUGGAUUUGGUACUCGCGUCGGCUCAGAUGGCAGAAAAUCCCACCUGUUUCCAUUGACAGGUGACCCACAAAAUCCCAACUGCAAAGGCGUCGGCGGUGUUCUCUCAGCCUACAGUCGCAUCGCUAGUGAAACCUGUGGGUCCGCUCCGCCCAACUUUGCCCCGCUCAUUCGGCAUGUUAAUGAAAUGGCGAAACAUUUUCGUGAUAGCUCUAAAUACUUUGUUCUUCUUAUUCUUACUACUGGAUUCGUCGAAGAUUGGGUUGAUACGCAGAGAGCCGUAAUUGAGGUACGUUCUGCCGAAAGCUAUCUACAUGUUCUGGACCAAGAUUUUGCACUGCUCAAGGUUGGUCAAGAAGAAGCCUGUCGGGACAACGUCCAAUUUGUAGAAAUGCGGCGUUUUCUUCGACUAGCAGCGGAUGGCUCCGAGGAAAUCCGCUGGAACAAACUUGGACUCACGAAAGAGGUUCUGGCAGAACUUCCAGAGCAGGUAUUGCCACUCAGUCUAAAGUCCGAUUCCCGUGUUAGCCCACACGCGAGUCAAAUUCCCAUCCAAGUUGUUUGCUUCAAGACCAACAAGAACACCGGAUCCAAAGAGGGAGACAAGAAUCGAAGGAAAAAGGAGGAAAUGAUGAACUCUCAGCUGGUUGCACUAAUUCACGCAGAGGCCACAGUGCACAGUCGACAAGAAAGAAUGUUCGCGUGGAUUGCCAUAACACCGCCUUGA